ACUUAACAGGCGUCAUUUUUUAAUUGCAAAAAAUUGAAACAAAAACGUAUUUUCUAACGCUAUAGUAAACUAUAUUGUUAAUGAUUUUUAAGUAAACUUAUUGUAGAAAUUUGCAGUGUCCGGUGUGGUUUGAAACUUUAGUUUACCCGUUUCCAUAAGCCCGAUUUUAUUGACGGUGUCGACAAUAUUUAAUUAUUAUAUUCCUUAAACUUUUGUUGUUUACUUUUACGAUCGUUAGGAACAUUUAUAAUGAAAGUUUGGUCUACUUUUUGUAAACUUAUACAAAAGCAAACGUAUUCAUGUCUCUCCAAAAACCAUGGUUUGUUGUAUGCAUUUACUGGGAUUUGCAUUAUACUUGUGUCAGCUUUUCAUUUUGGUGAAGUUGUUUUACAAUGGAAUAUGAUGCAUUAUGCUGGGAACUUUAAAUUUAGCCGUUAUUAUGAUAAUAUACAUGGGCGUUCGUUUGAAACUAGACUUUGCUUACCACAACCAAUAGAUGUUGUUUACACUUGGGUAAAUGGUAGUGAUCCAAACCUAAUUGAAUCGUUAAUUCAGUAUAAAACAAGUCUGUUGUCUGUAAAUAAUAAAACAUUAAAAGAAGUUACACCUUCAACUUUUAAAAUAUUCAAUUGGAAGAAUUCAAGUAUUUGUCCCUAUAAAAACUGCUUUUUCGCAAAUAAGAUAGCCCUUUCUGGUUUGCCAAAAGAUAUUGGUUUGACUGACCUCGCUGUUCAUCUAAAUAAAAAAUUUAGUUUGGCAAAAUCUUUAGAACAUUUUGGAAAUGUGGCUAUUGUUUCAUUUGAUCAUAAAGAUGAUGUCACAAUGUUGAUGAGUUCAAAGCUAAUAUAUCAAAAAGUGCAUUUGAAUUAUAGUGAAGUAUUUUAUACUGAUAUACAACAAGAGGAUCAAAAAAUUUCUGCCCUUAUGGUAAAAUAUUUAAAUAAUGAAGAUAACAAUUCCAUUGCAAAAAACAUAGAAUUAAUAUUACCUUAUUCUGUAAAAGAAGUUAUCAAUUUUGUGAAACAGAAAGUUGCAAUAGUUUAUUUAAAAAAACAUAAGUAUGUACAAAUGUUGAUAAAUGAGAGAAAUGUUUCCUCUUUAUACUUUUUUAAUGUUUCACUAGUUUGGAAACCAUUAAGUUUUUUACCUGAUGAUAGAAAUGAAGACUUAGCAUCAAAUCGAUUUGCUGAUAAUAAUGAGCUUAAAUAUUCCUUACGUUCUAUUGAUACAUUUGCACCUUGGGUUAGAAAAAUAUUCAUUGUAACUAAUGGUCAAAUACCAAAUUGGUUAAAUUUAGAUCACCCUAGAAUUCAAUUAAUAACACAUGAGGAAAUAUUUGCCAAUAAAAGUCAUCUGCCUACUUUUUCUUCACCAGCUAUAGAAUCCAACAUCCACAGAAUUCCAGGAUUAUCCAAAAUAUUUAUUUAUAUGAAUGAUGAUGUUUUUUUUGGAAAAGAAGUUUGGCCUGAUGAUUUUUAUACUCAUUCAAGAGGUAAAAAGGUUUUUCAAGCUUGGGCAGUACCUAAUUGUCAUGAAGGCUGUCCUUCCUCUUGGUUAGGGGACAAGUACUGUGAUAGAGCAUGUAACUACACUGAAUGUGAAUGGGAUGGUGGUGAUUGUAUCAAUGUGAAAAACAGUGUAAACUCACUUAUUCAUUCUAUGAAUGCUAAUGGAAAUCAGGUAGUUAAUAGUUACUGUUCUAAUGGAUGCGCAAAUAGUUGGCUUGGAGACAGAUACUGUGAUGGUAACUGCAACACCAUUGAGUGCGGUUUUGACGCAGGCGAUUGUGGCACACGAAAUUUUGAUAAACUUUUUUUUCAUAAAUUUUCUUUAAAGCAAGUAUCAAGUAGUGAAGAAAUAUUCAUUAAAGUUCCAUCAGGUAGUUUGGCAAUGUUUCUUAACUUGACAGAUGUGUUUGAAGAUAUAAUUGAAGGAAAUUACCAAUCAAACAAUCUUCUAAGAAGUGCUAUUCUUGGUAAAAAGUCUAAAUUACUUUCUCUUACUUUUUUUAAAAACUUUUCUGAAGAAAACAUAACUUUUCAGGUUCUUGGAUAUAAAGGUGCAAAUAAUACCUAUAAAGGAGUUUUAGUAUUUACUUUGACAGUCAAUACAAAGGUUGAAGAGGCUUUUAAAAAAGAAUUAGAUGAAAAACCUGAACUGUUUACAAGUUCGUCAUACCCAAAAAAGUUGUACAAUAGUUCAUUAUACCCUAUUAUAAAAAAAAAAGAAAAUACAAUUAUUGAAAAAGUAAACUUCGAAAACUUAACUUUAUCCAAUCCUUUGAAAAAUAAGCUACAAAUUCUAGAGCAAGAAUAUUUGGAUGGUGAAAUUACAGAAUUUGGUUUAGAUAGAAUCAAAAAUCAAUUGUACAAAGAUUAUUUGCACGAAACAAUGCCAUUGAGAAGAAAACUUCUUUCAUUUAAAGAUAAUGACCUUGAUUUUCAAUUAUCAAAGUUAUUGAUGGAUCCUUUCACAACCUCCUUCAGCUUUUUGCCAUGGGAAAAAAAAUUUUUCUCUACUGAUUUUAGUAUUUUUUACAGAAAAGCAAAUCAAAAAAAUAAAUAUGUAAUAGGAAAAAGACGAGGCAGAAAUCUAUUAGAUACAUUUUCUUCAUCUCUGUUACAUGUUAGUCGUAUUUAUAACAAAGCAUUUGGGUACCUACAAAGAAAAGUCCCUGCACAUAUGCCUCAUAUGGUAGAUAAAGAUAUAAUUGUUGAAAUGCAAAAAGAGUUUCAACCUUAUUUUGAAGACACCUCUAGUCAUAAAAUGCGCCAUCCUGAGGAUAUGCAGUUUGCAUUUUCAUAUAACUAUUAUAUUAUUGGGCUAAAAGAGUCUCAAAAUGUUUCAAUUUUGUUUGAUGUAAUUGACACAGACCAUUCAGGUACUUUGUCUGAUCGUGAGAUUCGUACUCUUGCAGCAAUGAAGUUUAGUAUUCCAAUUACAAUUGAUAAAGUAAAAGAACUUGAAACCAUGUUUAAAAACUGUUCAACACAUUUGUACAACUCCAGUUUUAUUAAAAGUUACAAAUCAAUACUUUCACAAGAAAAAAAGGGUGAAGAUUAUCAUGAUGGUGAGUUACCAUUGGUAACCAAGGAUUUAUUUUUUAAUUGUCAUGAAAUUUGGCAGAAUUUAGUCAACUUAAAUAUCUCAGAAUCGAAGUAUAAGUUUGAGUUGCUUGGGGAAGACGAUGUCAUAUUUAAAAUGCUUCGAAACAAUGUUUCUUUUGUGUUGCAUCAGUUAGAUUGGAUUCGAAAAAACAGGAAAAAAUUCAUAUGUAUCAAUGAUGAUUUAGAUCACACCGAUGCAAGUACAUCAACAAUUCGUGUUCUACUUAAAGAUUUUUAUGAAUCAUUGUUUCCUAUUCCUUCUCAGUUUGAACUAAAACCAAAGUUUAAGAACAAGUUUUUGUAUAAAAAAGAUUUAGUUAUUUGGCUUGAAAAUGAAAGACUUCAUAAAAAGUUUAAGAACAUUGCAUUAAUACUUACACUUGUCAUAAUUAUUUUUGUAGUGUAUAAAAAAAAACUUCUUAGUAUGAUAAAAAAUGUAAAAAAAAGUUAUGGAAGAAAGGUUUUAGGUGUUUAAUAAAA